CCCUUCCGCCCGUCGCUGCGACCCCAGCUUUUGACCCCGGUGGCGGCUCCUCUGUGGCGAGAAAGCAGGGCCGGGUGCAGCUCUGGUCUGACCCGCGAGGUGACCUUGGUUGAGUCCCCUGUCGCGCCGUGCCGCCCAUCUGCGCGAGCCUGUCAGAAACCCCUCUCCUGAGCGGUUAAGGACACAGACCUAGAGCGGCCCCACAGGCUGCUCCGUGGCAGGGGGGAGCGCCGGGCUGCCGCCGGCGGGGGUUGGGGGAGAUGCCCCUAAACGUGAAAUGGCCGUUCCCCGCGGUGCCGCCGCUCACCUGGACCCUGGCCAGCAGCGUCGUCAUGGGCCUGGUGGGCACCUACAGCUGCUUCUGGACCAAGUGCAUGAAUCACCUCACCGUCCACAACAAGGAGGUGCUGUACGAACUCAUCGAGAACCGAGGCCCUGCCACGCCCCUCAUCACCGUUUCCAAUCACCAGUCCUGCAUGGAUGACCCUCAUCUCUGGGGGAUCCUGAAACUUCGCCACAUCUGGAACCUGAAGUUGAUGCGUUGGACCCCUGCGGCUGCAGACAUCUGCUUCACCAAGGAGCUGCAUUCCCACUUCUUCAGCUUGGGCAAGUGUGUGCCUGUGUGCCGAGGAGACGGCGUCUACCAGAAGGGGAUGGACUUCAUUUUGGAGAAGCUCAACCAUGGGGACUGGGUGCACAUCUUCCCAGAAGGGAAAGUGAACAUGAGCUCUGAGUUUCUGCGCUUCAAGUGGGGAAUCGGGCGCCUGAUUGCUGAGUGUCAUCUUAACCCCAUCAUCCUACCACUGUGGCAUGUUGGAAUGAAUGAUGUCCUUCCUAACAGUCCGCCCUACUUCCCCCGCUUUGGACAGUGGCUGGCCUCCCCACAGAAGAUCACCGUGCUGAUCGGGAAGCCCUUCAGUGCCCUCCCUGUGCUCGAGCGGCUCCGGGCAGAGAAUAAGUCAGCUGUGGAGAUGCGCAAGGCCCUGACCGACUUCAUUCAGGAGGAAUUCCAGCACCUGAAGACUCAGGCAGAGCAGCUCCACAACCACUUGCAGUCUGGGAGAUAGGCUUCGCUGGGCUGGGCCCUGGCCUCCUCUCUGCCCGGGCAGCAGCGGGCUCUGAGGCUCGGGGAAGAGGCUGCGCUAGGACUCCAGCCCCAGCCAGGUUGGCUCUCAGUACUGCCUUUUGAAUUCUCACCCUGCACUGAGCUGGGCUGGAGAUGGACUGAUGCUUUUAGCUCAGAUAUGGUUUUCAGAGAUGUGUUCAUAACCCUUACUGGGUGCCCUGUCCCAGCCCCUCUGUGGUUCUUCAGUUAAAGUAAUGGCCUCAGCUGCUCCUCCCAUUUGACCAGGAAGGAAGGAAGAAGCUUAGGCAGGGGCCUUCUUCCUUCUUGCCUUCAGAUGUUCUCUCCCAGGGGCUGGCAUCAGGCGGGGAGCAUGGCAGGCAGGUGAGCAAGUAGUUGGGUGGCGAAGCGGGUGGCCUGGCUGGAGCUGUGAGAGGGAACCAUGAGGCCCCUCGGCCUGGCUCCCACCCAGCCUUGCCCUUGCCGAACCAAGAACUGCUUACUACCAACUCAGGGAUGGCCAUGGGCCACAUCUUUCUGCCUGAGCUUCUCCCACCUGCAAGGCCUGGCCUCUGGUGGGCUGCAGGCAAGAAGAGCAGCCCUUUGCCAGAAGUCAAGCCCAGCCAGAUGGAGCCCGUGGGAAGAGCGGAGAUCUGGGUGCCCCCAUUCCAGGACCCACCGACAACUCCAUUCUUUCUGCCCCCCCAGCAUCACUCUCAGCCUGGGGCCUGGGUUUUCAUGUUUUACA